AUGUCCUCAAACCUGGCAAUGCAACAAAUAGAUUUGCCUGCGGCCGAAGAAUUUGGGAUUGAAGCUAUUCUACAUGCAAUUGAACCCGAUAUCCGCAGUACGUUAGACUCUAUUGCGGAGAUAUGCGGCAGGAGCAAAUUGAGUCUUGCCAAUGAGUAUGGAAGUCAUAUCGCUCCGUUUGGCGAAGUCAAUGCUCCUUCGGGUAAUCUACUAGCUAUCCAAGAAACGGCCGCAGAUAGUGUGGAAAGAUCGGCGGAUGCGGAUGGUCAUAUUAUCAUUGUUGAUGAUGAUAAUGAUAUAUAUGGGUCACCGUUGGGCUUGUUCGACGAUCUGCGGCUGACGGCUUUGGCAACUGGUUAUCAACAAACUUCACGUGGACAACAUGAGGAUAAUCGCACUAGAGAUACGAGGCAUGAAAGGAACUCUAGGAAUGGGAAACAUACUCCGGCCGCACUAACAGCAAGAAUGAAUGAAUUUGCCGCUACUUCACAAUCAGAUAGCACGGCACUACUAGGAAAUACGCCGUCUAAAACCAAGACCACCAAGCCAUCAAAAAUAACAUCUCCGGCUUUACUGUCUGAGACUCACCUCGAUGCCCAAGGGAACAGAUCUUCCUGGCCAUCAGUGCCACCAGACACACCGAAUCGUUCCCCGGUACUUCGCGCAUCACCAUUUGUGGGAUCGGUCGGUCAGACCCAAAACACUAUGGCUGAUAAGAUUUCUUUCUUGGCCGAAGUACAAGAUUGGCUGAAUUGGUUGAAGAAUAUCGUGCAGCGAGAGACCGCAAAUCAGCAGGCGUUCUACUCGCACUCGCAUUCAGCAGAGAGCUCUCUGCGUGCAUUACUUGUCAGGGAUCAGGAUCAUGCUGUCGCUGUUCCCACGGCCUAA